UGUAAGAGAUAUGUUGUUUAUACUGAGCCCAGCUUCAAUUCAAUUCAACGCCAUCAGUGCACCGGUGCUCAUGUAAUGUGGGGAAUUAAGGGACAUUUCUUGGAAUAAAUGGCAUGCUUCUAUCGAGUGGAUGCAUGAAGAAAAGGAGCUCUGAAUUCUGUGAAAAUGAACUUAGGUGAAAGCUGCAAAACUCCAGCUUUACAAGUUCACAUGGGAUGGUGAAAUAUCUCAACGCUCUCCAUAAGCACAGCGGCUCUUCUGUCAACUAACCAUCACAAAGCACAACUGCAGCUCUGAAGAACUGAACGAGGCUCCUCACAAAACACAUGGAUUAUUGCUGCUGAUUCAAGAGAAGAGAAUGGAGACUGUCCCAGGGGAGGGAGGUUGGGAAGGAUCCCUCCAUGCAACCGUUGCAUUGUCUAACUUCUCCUCCUCAUUCUCUGAGCAUACUGGACUCAACAGCACUUUCAAAGGAGGAUCACAGUUCUGGUUGGUGUCUCAAAACAGCUCAAUAAACCCCACUCAGGUACCUGGUCCAGUCAGGGUGCGGGACAUGUCUCUGGCUAAAGCUGAGAUUGGAGUUCUGGGCCUGGUUCUCGCUCUCACAACAAUAGGGAACAGUUUUGUUCUGUGGGUUCUGUUGAGGCGGCGCAAAUACAAUGCACCCAUGCACCUAUUUAUGGUCAAUCUGUGUGUUGCAGACCUUGUGGUGGCAUUUUUUCAGGUGCUUCCGCAGCUAGUAUGGGAUAUCACAGAGAGAUUUCAAGGUCCUGAUGUGCUGUGCCGCUCAGUGAAAUAUCUGCAGAUUGUGGGAAUGUUUGCAUCCUCUUACAUGAUUGUUGCCAUGACAGUGGACCGCCAUAAUGCCAUCUGCUGCCCCCUGCAGGCUUACAAAGGAGGGGCAGUUUCACACUGGAAUACACCCAUCAUGGUAGCCUGGGGUCUAGCCCUUGUUCUCAGUGUGCCACAGGUGUUUAUUUUCUCCAGGUCAGAGGUCUCUCCAGGGGUGUUUGAGUGCUGGGGGAAUUUUGCUGAGCCUUGGGGGCUGAAAGCGUAUGUCACCUGGAUGACUGUAGCCGUGUUUCUUAUUCCUACCUUUAUAAUCACCGUUUGUCAGGUACGAAUAUUCAAAGAGAUCCAUGACAACAUCUACCUGAAAUCAGAAUGUGUGGUUUCUGCUGACAUGAAGAAGAACCUGGUCAUUUUUCACUUUCCUAUCUUCAAAAAACGGGCCGGCACAGUCCGAGAGAGAGCUAGAUGCUCACGCAAGAUGAGAGAAGCAAGAGAACUCCAUAAAAAGAACACCAUCAGUGACUCGUCCCAUUCACACACCUGCAACUCACCAGAGCCGGAUUAUUGUGACCAAUCUGGUCAGGAUGGCAGUCCCAAAGACCUGGCCUCACAGACUCACUGUUCAUCCCCUGAUGUGCUGCCUCGCAUUCAGACCCACCCUCACGCUUUCUGGUGCAACCCUGCUGCUGUCCAGACACCACAUGGGAACUCUGUUCCUCACAGGAACACUGACAACACCACUACUGAGGACUCCAGUGCUUCCACAAACCCCUCUUUCCCACCUUACCCCCUCCAUCCACCUCUUAGAGGCGUAUCGAAAGCUAUGUCUAAAACAGUGAGGAUGACUCUGGUGAUUGUGCUUGUCUACACCUUGUGCUGGUCACCCUUCUUCAUUGUACAGAUGUGGGCAGCCUGGGACCCCAAUCCCCCUGACCAAGGAGUGGCUUUCACUAUCCUGAUGCUGUUAGCCAAUCUAAACUCCUGUACAAACCCGUGGAUCUACACAGCCUUUUCCAGCAGUGUCUCCCGUGAACUUCUCGCUCUGUUGCGCUGUCGGCCAAAGAUGCCACGCAGAAGCUCAAUGCAUGACCACUCCAGUGACAUAAACACCUCCACUACCAAGGACAACCAGUCCUGACCCCUACAGAACAAACUAAAAUUGAGUGUCAGCAGAGAUGGCAAUUUAUGUGGGUGUCUCUGUCCUACACAUGUGGAAGACAUGUUGUCAUGAGAUAUUGCCACAUCUUCUACUCAGACUCAAGAGUAUCUGCCAAUGCCACUUUAACCAAGUGAACUUUGAAGAGUGGCUUGUUAAUGACCAAACAGGACCAAUGUAUGGCAUGGAAAUGAAUUCAUAAGAAUCUUAUGCAAAAAUAGACCUCUGAGUAUGAGACUGAUCUUUGCCAUCUCGUGAAACAGGA